UUUAUAAUGGAAGUAAAAAUAACAAAAAUUCAGCCCGCUCCCUGAAUUUUACUAACAUUAUUUUUGAUUCCAAAUUCUGCUUGUAAAAUAUUAGACAAGAGAGGGCUAAGUUCAGAAUCUUGGUUUUCUAAACCAAUAAAUACAAUAAUAUUUAUCCUCCUUAUAUUCGCAGUAAUAAUGAUCGUUUUUAUAAUCCUUCUGGUCUACAAAGCGAGUCCUAGCUGUAGGAAUUGGUUUAAAGGCCUCUUCAGGAGGAAAAAAUCUGAAAAUUCGAAGGAUUAUCUUCAAAGAGAUCUUGAAAGUUACAUCCAGCGUAAAUAAAUCUCAGAAAAAUGACCAACUGCCUGACCUUGAGAGCGGACGUGGGAAGAAAUAUACACAAGUAGAUGUGGACUCACAAGCUAAUGAGAGAGAAGGGAGCUUUUACUCCGAAGAGCAGAAGGCCUUACCCAGCCAGAAUAGCUCUCGGAGAAACAAGAAAGAAUCAAUGCAUAAUCUGUCUAAGCUGGGCAAACAGGAAUCUAAUAAUAAUAAAAAGGUUAAAUUUCAUGAGCUAAAAGAUGGUGAUACUGAUAGGGAAAUCAGAGAUGCCAGUGAGAUCGAAGAGGUUGAUUUCCAAGAAAUUGCCGAUAAAAAGCGUCAAGCAAGACUUAAAAUGCAUUCAUCACCAAAACAUGACUUAAAUGGCGAAGGAUAUGACAAGACAUUACAAGAAGAUUACCGUGAUAAUACAGCAUAUUUUAAUAAGCGACAAUCAAAGCGAAAACUUCCUAAAAAUUCUAACCUAAACUCAGAAAACAAGCUUCACCAAGAUAUGGACGAAGACCAAAAUCAAGACAGGCCUGUUGAAUCCUCUGAAGAACUUUAUGACCGAGGCUCUUAUAACAGUUUCAAGAAAAACCGUGAGAAAAUAGCUGAAUUAAUGUUAAACAGGGAGAAAAAUAUCUCGCCUGAUCUACUGCAAGAAGAGGAAGAUGAGGAUCAAGAAAUCUACACAAAGAAAAGUCUUGAACUCCAAAACAAAAAAUUAUUCAAAAUAAUGAACAGGAUGUAUUCCUACCUUAAGACUGAAAAGAGGAUGGACAGCAGAGAAGAGAAGAAAGAUGAGAAAUUUCAUCUUUCAACUAUAAGUUCAACUCCAAAGUCUGAUAGGAAGGAGAAGUACAAUGAUGAUCCUUAUCAAAAUACUCCGAAGAGACAACAUACUCCUGUUGAGAAGGAUAACGAAGGCCUAGAGAAACAGAGAAUUGAAAAGAAACCUCAAAACUCCUUCAAAGAGAUCAGGAAGCAGAUCCUUGAGCAGAAGAAGAAUGAGAAGCGGCUAGCUAAGCAGAAGAAAAAGGAGCUCAUUGAACUUAAAAAUAGCUCAAACGGCAGUAUUUCAGGUAACAAAAACAAUACGCCAAGAGAAGAAGAGAUUGAUCCUAAAACUCAGAAAAUGAUUGAACGAAUAGAAGCUCUUCAGAAAGCCAAAGAGAAACAGAAAGAACAUGCGAAAUUAGAAAAGGAGGAAAGUAAGAAUGAAAGUGGAAGUUUAAAAGAUGAUACAGUCAACUCUUCGAAGAAUUGUUAUAGUGAUAGGAAGCCUCCCAAACCUAAUAGGCCUCAAAAAAGGGAGAAGAGCACAUUUUCACCGAACCCUGCUCUACAAAAGUUUAAUUUGAAAGAAUCACCCAGUGAAAAAUCGAGAUCUUCUUCUACUCAGCAUUCUAAGCCAAAGAAAAUUCCUAAGAAGAAAAUUAAAAUUUUAUCUAAAAGUAAAAUAAAAAGGAUCCAACUCCAACCUCCACAAAGCAUUUUGAACAUCCGUAAAAACUCAGUAGAUACAACAAACGAGAUCCGUUUACAAGUCCCUGACAUUAAAAUUGCCCGGUUAUCAGACGAAACUCCCAAAGAAAAAGAAAUACCUACAAUAGAAGGAUUUUCUUCACAAAUAUACAAGCCUCUUGAUAAUCCAGCUCGAAAUUGAUCAGUUUCAUCAAUAAAAUCCUCUGAUAACUCGCAGUCAGUUAUCCAAAAGCAGCGAUUACGGAAAUCCAAGAGCUCGAGUAAGCCAAAGGUCAGUAGAGGAGUCUACUAGAACCCUUGAAAGUCCUUCAUGGUCCCAUUCAGGGACUAAUUUUCCUUGCAAAUGUAGUGAAAAGUACUCAAUUUGUUA